GAAGAGAUGGUUUUACUAUUUUCAUGUGCCCAGAACGCAGAAAAUUAAGAAAAUUAAACCUGAGUUACUAUUUUAUGAAAAGCAAAUAAAAGUAAUAAAAGUAUUCAAGAAUAUGGAUAACAGUGCGGAGGAUGAUCAAGGAGUUCAGGAAGAAAGUGUGGAAGACGACCAACAGGCAAAAAUGCUAAAGCUUGAGGCAGAAAAUCUUCAAAUGCAGGAACAGUUCAACGUUCAAAGGGCGAAAAUGAAAGAAUUGUUUCUCCAGAAGGAAGUGGAGUUGAAGCAAAAGCAAGACGAGAACCAACUAUUACACAAAGAGAAUAUGAAACUGAAAAACGAUUUGGACGACGCUAGAAGUCAGUUGAUCGUCGUAGAUUUAAAAACCCAGAAUGAUAUCCAAUUCGAAAAGCGAAAAGCUCAGGAAGAAAUCGCUUCUUUACAACAAGUUAUUAACGAAACAGUUGAAGAAUCCUCUUCCUCUUGCAAACAACUGGAUCAUGAAGUUCGUAAAUUGAAAUCUGCAAUUCUGAGAUUGGAAGAUGAAAAUUCGUCACUGCGAAUGCAAAUUCCUCGCGAUCCUCCUACGGAUGGACCAAUGUCUUUGUCCACUGUGACCAAAAGUUUUGCUCGAAAAGUCGCCUCUCAAUUAGGCGCUGAUAGUCUUUCUUUAGGUUCCGAUAAUUUAGAAGAGAGCAUGCGGAAGGUAAACAAAUAUGCUCAAGAAGACGCAGAAGUAUUGCGUUCACUGGUUGUGCCCCUGGAAGAAGAAAUCAAAGCCUUAAAAGAAAAGUUGCGAGCCACAGACGACGAGUUACAAAAAUGCAAGGAAGUUCAAAUGCUGAGGCCUGCUGCUCUAGAUUCUGCAUCAAGUUCUGAUUCCGUCUGCACCAUGUGCGUCAACUACGAAGUGCAAUUAGUCAGGAUGCAGGAGGCUGCUAAGGAAUAUGAGAAACAGCUCCAGGAGUCGAGUCGUUUGCUCCAAUCUCAGAAGGACGAUUUGCACAAGGAAGUCGAAUUUCGAAAGGAGAUGGAGGAAAAGUGGAAUGAGAAAAAGGACGAGACUAAGGUUAAAAUGGAAGAACUCACAAAAGGUCUUGAGGUUUCGCAGCAAUCCUUGAAUGAUUUGAAACAGACCUACACUCAAACUUUCGAAGGAGCCAAAAGAGAGUUGGCGAAGCUCGUGGCUGGAAGGGAGAAAGUUCAGAAACAUCUUGAUGAUUUGCAGAAACGAAAUGAGUACCUGACCGGAAAACACAGCAAACAUUCACAAUUGUUGCAAAAUGAGAACAUCAAUAUGCCGAAUUGUGUUGAGGAAUUGCACAUGACUUUGUUGAAAGUUCGAGAAGAUUUAAUUGUCGCGAAAGUAGCGCAGGAAGUGGCCCAGGAAAAAGAAGAGACACUGCGAUGUGAAGUUAGUUUGCUGCAUGAACAAAUUGAGCAGGAUACUAGAAUGAGGGAACAACAGGAGGCAUUGCUUUUGAGUGAAAAUAUGGAGCUUAAAUCUCAGCUGGAAACUUGCAAAAGAGAAUGCGAAUCAAAUAUUGAGAAAGUUCAAAGACUGGACCAGGUGGAAAAGAGGUUGGAUGAAGUAUUAAAAGAGAAAGAGAAGAUUGAAUCAACAAUGAAUGAACUUCGACAAAGGUUGUCUAGCCUUCAGCAGGAUCUGGAUACUAGCGAGGAAGUUCAGAAGGACUUUGUUAGGCUUUCUCAAUCUCUGCAGAUUCAACUGGAAAGAAUUAGAGAAGGAGACAUCGAAGUGAGGUGGCAGCACGAAGAAGAUGUUGAAGAAUGUCCGACUUGUCAUACAGCUUUUACAGGCACGAAGAAAAAGAUACACUGUCGGCAUUGCGGUCACAUUUUCUGCCACUCCUGUCUGAAGCAGCAAGUUCUCAGUGGACCAAAACGAAGGCCCUCUCGAGUCUGUGUGGUAUGUCACACUUUAUUGGUUCGCGACACGGCUCCAUAUUUUAGCAAGGAACCACCCCACACGCCGGAUUAAUCGAAAAUCCCAAGUAUUAAGAAAACUUGGAAAAGACAGCUUAGUGAGACGUGCAAUAUCAAAGUGAUAUGUGAUUCAUUGACUUGUGAGCCAUACUAAUUUCAGACUCUAGUUCGCGUACGUGACGACGCAAUUCGAAGAAGAUUUCCAAACGACUCGCAUAAUAACCCGGGGGCCGAUUCACUCUGAAAUCAGACGACGGUGAGUUCAGUGAUUUCAUCUGAUUUCAACUUCUGAAUUCAGUGAGCUCAGUGCUGAACUCUGCUCACUCACUGAGAAAUCUGGAAAACUUAAAACUGACUGUUGUCUCGAAUCAAAUUCGUGUAGAGAGUUCCAAGAUUUAUUUAAGAUUGCUCUGAGUUCCGAGAAUUUCUAAAACUUCUCACAAUCCUGGAAACAAAAUCUCUGAAAAUUCCAGGUUUUUCCAGAUAUCUUAGAUUUUUCCAGGUGAAAAUGUUCAUAGUCCUAUUGGGAAUGGUUAAACUGCGAUACGCCACCUGGUGACAAAAAUCCGAACUAGAGAGAAUAGGUACGACUUUAAAGUUGUACAUUAAUUUUUGCAUAAAAGUGUUUUAACAAUUUUUUUUGUGGAGUUUAAAGUAUUCAUUGGAUACUAAAAAUAAGUCUUUAUCAGAAAAAAGGGGUGUAGAUGGAAUUUAACAUCUUAUAAGGUGAAGAAACAUAUUUUUGUACAGAAAUAUCUGUCCAAUUGUGAUUUCCAUCCUUUUUUAAAAUACAUUUUCAGUUGAUCAACUUUGAAUGUAAAUUAAUACUGAUUUUAAAAAUUAA